AUGGAUGAUGCACCAUCAAUUAACACUCGUCGUAUUUAUGAUUACGAAGAUAUUGAGUGGGCUGAAAACAGAUCAAAAAAGCUCCACGAUCCAUUAAUAAUGGCGAAGACAAAAGUUGGGAAGUUGAAAAAAGAUGAAACUUCCUCUUCGAAAGCACAGGUUCAAAAAUCCUCCCAAAAAAGGGGUCGAAAAUUUGCUCCUACAAUUUCUCGACCUUCAUUACCUAAGUCUUUGAAGUAUGUGAUCAAAGAAAUUCCAACUCACUCUUUGAAGUUUGGUCCAACAUACAACAUUGAUUUUAUAAAAGAUUUGAAUCUGUACAUGGGUGUCGAGGGUCUUGAGUUGUUUAAAAAUUCUAUUUUUGGGCCAUACCUAGACAUUCAUACCUGCAAUUAUCAGGGUCAAAUAUCAAAAUGCUUGUUGUUUCUUGAGCUUGAGCAGGAUAACAGAAAUGAGCUACAUAUUCGGCAUGCAAAUGGGAACAUAUUGUGUUUCACUAUAAAAGAAUUCGCAAUAAUAACCGGUCUGAAAUGCACAGGCAAUCCCGAUGACUUUAAAUAUCCGAAUUCUACUAAAAGCAGGCUUGUUCAAAGAUAUUUCCCAGAUUUAGUAAAGUAUAGUAGUGUGAGCAAGGGACGAUUUGUUCAACGUUUUCUACAAGGUAGUUGGGACAACAGUCAGGAUGCUUUCCAAAUGGGAAUUCUUUACUUCAUCAACACAUUUGUUUUAUCACAACUCUCUGAUGCAUCUAUCCAUGUUAAUGACUUUCUAAUGGUUGAAGAUGGUAGAUAUCAACAUUUUCCUUGGGGUCAGCGUGCAUUUUUCAGGUUAAUGAAUUCAUGGAGGCAAGAGAGAACUAAAGUAAAACAGAUGUAUCGUUUAGGUGGCAUGCCCUAUGCUCUAAAUGUGUGGGUAUAUGAAUGUGCAUCAGUUAUCAACGAUGAAACUGCUGUUAAAGAGGGAGACUACAUCCCUAGGAUACGCAACUGGCGAGUUGUUGGUGUCAAGCCCAAAUUUGAAAUGUUCAUGUCUAGUAUUUUUACUGAGAAUGCAUGUACCAAUAUACAACCGACUCUUGAGGAAUUGGCGGUACUUGAUUUGCCUGACAAUAUGCGUGUCUCUUAUUCUGAACAUUCUACGUCUACUGAUAAAUCUACACAAGCUAUAUUAGAAGACGUUCCUGGAUUUGAGAAUUUUUCUUCUAAACCACCUGAUAGGUUUUUAAGGAGAACUAGAUGUGUAUCUAGUACCUCAUCUACACCACCCCCGAAAAGAAGAAAGAAAGUUGAUUUGGCCAAACCAAAAAGUAGUGCAAUGGAACAAUUAGAACAGUCUCCCGUGAUACAAAAAGAGUCAUUCUCUAUUCCAGAAUCUUUUGGUAAUGUUCCUGAUCUUCAUGGUCCUUCAUCUGAUCCUAAAGAAAAGAAAAAUACAGAUAUCGAAGAAGUUAAGCAAUAUCUGAAGGAAUAUGUUGACAAAAAGUUUGAUGAUUUAGAAGUCUUAAUAAAAAAUAAUCACUCAGAUCUGAUGAAAGCAUUUCAGAAGCUAAAACAUAAGAAAAUUUCUGUCAGAUCGAUUCCAAUCACGGAGGAAGAGUUAAUCCAAGAAGCCAAUGUUAAUCAACCCCAAACUACUGAUCAAUUUGUUGAACAACCAAGGUCUCCAAUUGAUAUGGAGUUUGCCAACAACAACCUCGUCGAUAAUGCUGAUAUAGAGGCUGAAGAACAAACACACGUAUAA